AUGUCAACGCCUAAAGAAGCCAUUCUAAUGCUUGUGCUGUUAUCCUUUAUCUAUAAAUCCAGUGCAAUCCAUUGCUAUUACUGCAACAGCGCAAACAACUCAGCCUGUUUGGACAUCAACCAGUACGAAGAAGAAAUUCGCUCCAGCAUCAUUUCGAUCGUGAACUGUGAUAAUGCUAUUCCUAAGACAAAACCAAUCACAUUCUUCUGCAGGAAAAUUGUACAAACAAUUUUCCACCCACACCGGGACAAUGAAGUGAGAGUGACCCGUGGCUGUGGGUGGAUGCCCCAUGCUAAGGACUGCUAUACAGACGACAACUCCGACCACUUGGGUACAUCCUGUCAAUGCUUCGAGGACCUAUGCAACAGUGGCGAAUCAGCUGAUCCUAACAUUAUGGUCGUCUUGUUUUUAUGUUUCUCUAUUAUUUUGUAUUUUUGGCGGGAAUAA